AUGCCUACAAAAUUUGUUUGGAAAAAGGACAUUCGUGAAUGGCAUCCGAGAAAGAAGGGUUUUGCUAUUGGUCGCAUAUUCUAUGUUCCACCAGUAUCUGGUGAAAUAUAUUAUUUAAGGUGCCUAUUUAAUGUAGGCCGUGGUCCUAUAAGUUUUAAAGAUAUUAGGACAUAUAAUGGGGUUGAGUAUACUACAUUUAGAGAUGCAUGUUAUGCUCACGACCUGUUGGAUGAUGAUAAAGAGUACAUUGAUGCAAUAGUAGAAGCCAGUUAUUGGUCUACUGCUCAUUCAAUGAGGAAAUUUUGCAAGGUACUGAGGCUCACGAAGAACUUGCGUCUGAAUACUGUCAUAGACACAGUAGAACAACAAGGGUCAGAACAGUUUGCAGAUUGGAUAACUUCUAUUGGCGAUUGGAAAAUUGGUGGACCUAAUGAUGGUUAUGCAGAAGUUGAAAUACCCAAUCAUAUGUUACUAUCGUCAGAUGGUGACCAUAUUGAAACCAUUGUUAGAAGUACAUUUCAUAUGUUUGCCAAUGGUAAUUCUGAUGCAAGUUAUCUUCAAGGGCGUGCUAUACUAGCACAUACACUCGAUGUAGUGAACUCAGUGAAUGAAAAUAUGAGUGAGUUGCAUACGGCUGAAAGUAGAACAUAUUUUAGUUGUGACACAGUGUGCAAAGCCGAUGCAGACGCUGGAAUAUUGGGUGAUGUACACACACCGAAAUUUUUGAACGGCAUUAGAGCUUCAGGUGUACCAAACCAUUCAUUAACUUUAAAAAUUGGCUCACCAGUCAUGUUGUUAAGAAAUGUUAAUCAUUCAGUUGGAUUGUGUAAUGGUACGCGGUUGGUAAUCACCAAGUUAGCAGACUGUGUAAUUGAAGCUGAGUUAAUGGAUGGUGCUAACAAAGGAACAAAAGUGUUGAUCCCAAAAUGUCAAUGUCACCAUCUGAUACCAGGUUGCCAUUCAAGUUUCAACGAAGACAAUUCUCAUUGA